AUGGCGAAGCAGAUCCACGAGAUCAAGGAUUUUCUUUUGACGGCGCGUAGAAAGGACGCGAGAUCAGUGAAAAUCAAGAAGAGUAAGGAUGCGGUGAAGUUCAAGGUUCGUUGCUCUAAGUAUUUGUACACACUGUGUGUGUUUGAUACUGACAAAGCUGAUAAGUUGAAGCAAUCUCUUCCUCCUGGUUUGACUGUUCAAGAUCUAUAG